AAACGGUAUAAAAGCGUUUAUUGAAUGUUCAAAAUCGUCAGUCAAAUCAUCUUCAUUCAUCGUGUAAACAUCUCUAGUUUUUCAACAAAACUCAGUUUAAUAAACUAAUUCAACAAAACUCAUCAUGAACUCAAUGAUUGUUAUCUGUUUCACCCUUCUUGCUGGUCAAGCUUUGGCCUCAAACUACGGAGCUGGUUCAUACGGUUCAUCAUACGGAGGUGAUGCUUACUCUGCAGGAGCUUCAUACGGUGCUGGUGAUUCCUAUGGAGGUGACUCUUAUGCACCAAAAGUAAAGAAGGUCAUCAUUGAACGACCAGUCGUCAAACCAGUCUACCUUACCCGAAAGGUUGUCGAAGUCAAGACCAUCGCUGUUCCAAAGCCAUACGUAGUCACCAAGCCACGACCAGUUCUUGUCACCAAACACGUUCCAGUUGUUGUCAACAAAUACAUUGCUGUUCCAGUUAAAUCAUAUGAACCAUCAUACUCAGCACCUUCAUAUGGUUCCUCAUCUGGUUCAUACUCAUCUGGUGAUGCCUGGUCUGGUGACUCAUACGCUCCAUCAUCUUACGGUUCAGACUCUUAUGGUUCAUCUGGAUACGGUGAUGAUUCCUAUGGAUCAGACUCAUACUCAUCAGGAGGAUAUGGUGAUGACUACAAAAAGGCUGCUGCCAAGGCUUAAGCUACAUGUUUAUCAUUAACUAAUUUCUUAAUCCAUUUGUGUAAAUUCAUGUAAAAUCCUAUUUUUCCUACUUUUUCUUUCAUACAAAUGACCAAUUUUAUUUGUAUGGAAUGAAAAACUCCCCAUCAAUAUCACAAAAUGCUUACAUUCAUACUGAAAAGAGGUAAAAUCACAAUCAAUAAAAAAAAUUAAAAA